CGCUUUGAAAUUUAUAAAUACAUCAUUAAUUCUCUCUCAACUUUUGUGGGCACACUUGGUAGAGACAUUUUAUAUGAAAAUAUUUUCCUGUUUGAUCGCCUAGUGGUCAUGGGUUCUUUAGUUUUCAAGAUUAUUUUAUUGAUUCUAUCUAUCUUCUUUUGUGUCCAAUUAUGUGCAGCUCAAGGAGAUUAUUUGUCAAACAAUUAUAUUACUUGGAACGAUUUCACCAUUGAUGAGUAUUAUACAAGAUUCAAUUCAACACUAGUGUAUAACAGCACUCAAGUGAUUGUUGUUGCAAAGGAUGGAAGUGGCGAUUCACUUACUGUUCAAGGUGCCGUGGAUAUGAUUCCUCUUGAUAAUGAAAAGAGAGUGAAAAUUUUUAUACAACCGGGUAUUUACAGGGAACAAGUAAAAGUUUCAAGAAGGAAGCCUUAUGUUUCAUUCAUAGGGAAGCCAAAUUCUCAAACAGUGAUCACUGGGCAUGCUAAAGCUUCUGAUAAAGAUGGCAAUGGGGGAGAAAUAGGAACCUUUCGUACUGCUACUGUCGAUGUGAAAUCUGAUUACUUCUGCGCUACAGAGAUCACUUUUGAGAAUACAAUAGUUGCGAGGCCUGGGAUGGAUGGGGCGCAAGCAGUUGCAUUCAAAAUCUCUGGAGACAAAUCAAUGUUCUAUAGAGUAAGAUUUGUUGGGUCACAGGAUACCCUCUUAGACGAUUCAGGAACACAUUACUUCUACCAAUGUCACAUUCAAGGAUCUAUGGACUUCAUAUUUGGAACGGCAAAGUCCCUCUAUCAGAAUUGCACUAUUAGUUCAACAGCGCAACACCAUGGAGCAAUUGCAGCUCAUCAUAGGAAUUCAGAAGACGAAGAUACAGGGUUUUCUUUUGUAAAUUGUACAGUGAAUGGAACCGGGAAAAAAGUUGACCUGGGAAGAUCUUGGGGUCCAUAUGCAAGAACUGUGUAUUCCUAUUGUGAUUUGGAUAUCAAUGUAUCUGAGGAGCGAUGGAGUGACAUGGGAGAUGAAUCAAGAAAAAGGACUGCGCAAUUUGGAGAAUAUGAAUCUAGUGGCAAAGGAGCAAAAGAAGGGAAAAAAAAGCUAUGGGUCAAGCCAUUGAGUUAUCAAGAAGCAAUGCCUUAUUUUUUGGAUGAGAAUUUCAUAGAUGGUGAUGAAUGGCUAAGACUUUAGCUAAGGGUGUUAAAUGGUCAAAUGAUUUGGUUUGGUUUGGUUCGGUUCAAUACAAACAUUUUUUGUAUAACCGAAAAUCAAACCGUUUAAUUAAUAGUUUUAGAUAGUGAUCUAGAAUUUUUUUUAUUCAUUCAACAUCUUUUCCUUUUAAUUUUUCAUUGA